AUGGAUUGUUGUGUGUGUACAACUAUGCCACUGAUACUAAGGCCUCUGAGGAAUACAAUAUGUGGAGCAUGUUACGAAGGAGUAAGGAGCAUAAUCAACAUGAUGAGCAAUUUCGAAACUGAGAAAGUAAAACUAGUAGUGGCCAAUCCAAAUCCAAACCCUUCUCUAGUUUCACGAAAAAAUUUGAGUAAGACACUUGAUGAUUGUAUAAGAUGGUGUUCAGAGCAUUUAGAACAGUUCAAUCAGCAGAAGAAAGACUUGGUUUUUCUGAGAGGCUUUGUUGCGGCCUUCAAAGAACAAAUUCACACAGAUAUAUUGGUCAUUCCAGGCAAACACGGUCCACCUAUACCUGCACAUAAGUCCGUUUUGUUUUUAAACGUGACAUUCACAUAG